CGAUUCGGGAUUUGAUGAGACGGCUAAUCUCUCUCGGAAUUGAAUAAUGCGGGCCAUCAAUAACCGACCGGGGGCCGGGUGCCUAAUCAUUGAUGGUAGUCGGCCUUUGUGCCGGGCCGACCGUUGAUGACGGCGAGGAGAAAGGGAAGAGGGAGAAGGACGGAGCUCAGGUAAUACGGAGCCGGCACUCGGCAGUCAGUUACACUGCUGACGUCCAGCAACGAGCAACAUGCUCGGCCCAAGGAUUAUCCUGCCAUUCGUGCUCUCAGUUGUCUUCGGGGCCGGGAUCGCCCUCUGCCACAAGUGCGAGAAGAUCACAGUACCCACGUGCACAGAGCUCGGCUACAACUUCACCGUCAUGCCCAACUUCGUAGGACACGAAGAUCAACUCGCUGCAGAACGAGAGCUUAAGAACUUUAUGCCGUUGGUUCACUACAACUGCUCGAGACACCUGAGGUUCUUUCUUUGUUCUGUGUUCGUCCCGCUGUGUUCUGAACAUGUUGUCGGAGCGAUACCAUCGUGUCGUGGACUGUGCGAAGAGGUGCAGAACGACUGUCAGCCAGUCAUGGAAAAGUUUCACUUCACAUGGCCGUCUCAGUUCAACUGCUCGAAAUUCCCAGUCGGGGAGAAAAACGGGCUGUGUAUGCAGUUUCCAAAUGGCUCCGAGAAGAAGGCGAGCUUCGGAUCGAAGCAAUGCCCUCAGAAUAUGACAUUGACGAGGGACCCUUACGAAUGCAGUCCCACAUGCGGCAAGGAUGUGGAAUUCACAACUGAAGAAAAGAGGUUCACGGAGAGAUGGAACACAUGCUGGGCAUGGCUCUGUUUUGUAUCUACGCUAUUCACGUUGUUAACGUUCUGGGUCGACCCUAGAAGAUUUAGAUACCCAGAGAGACCUAUUGUAUUUUUAGCCUUAUGCUACAAUGCAAUGUCUAUAGUUUAUAUUGUAAGAGGUGCAGUUGGGCAUUCUAUCGGCUGUGUACCAUCUUCAGAAGGAUAUGAAUCAUACAUAGCAACUGAUGGCCUUGAAAGUGCUUCUUGCACUAUAACAUUUCUUGUCUUGUAUUAUUGCGGGUUAUCAGGAAGUGUCUGGUGGGUCAUUUUGGCAACUUCUUGGUAUCUAUCCGCUGCGAAGAAAUGGAGCAGCGAAGCAUUGUACGGACUGGCGACUUACUUCCAUAUUGCAGCUUGGGCAGGACCAGCAGUCGCGGCACUACUGGCUUUAGCACUCCAUCAAGUUUCUGGAGAUGAACUCACUGGGCUUUGCCGAGUAAGUGAUGAUUCCGUAGUCUGGCUGAUUGCGCUGCCUCAUGGAUUGCUGCUUCUGACCGGAUCCGUAGCUGGUGUCUUUGGAGCUGUCGCUCUUAUCAACGUACGUUCGGAAAUUCUAAAAUCUGGUGGGAGCGCAGCCAAACUGGAGCGUCUGAUGACAAGACUAGCAGUCUUCACAGCUUUAUAUGUUUUUCCUGCGCUGGGAUCUGUGUUCUGCUCACUGUAUGAAACACUUUACCGUCAAGAAGACGUCAUCUGCCUCACAGACAAUUGUACACCACCUUCACCUACAAACAACAUAGAAGUCGCACUUUUGAGAGUUUUCCUUUCUCUUGUCAUCGGCAUCUCAUCAGGAAUGUGGGUCUGGUCGGGGAAAACAUGCCGGGCUUGGAAAAAGCUCUUUACUUCCCCACACAAACCACAGCCUCUUCCUUUAACAAGAGUCUAAUAAUACUCUAUUUUAAAUUAUUUUACUCAAUACUACCCAGGAGAUGUCUUUCAUAUGCAAUUCUUAUUUUAUCCUGUAAAUACAACUUUUGCUCUUAAUCAAUAAUUGUAUAUUAAGCAUAUGAGUUCGUGCUUCAUCCAUAAUCGUAUUUGUUUCUCCAAAACAAAAAAAAAAA